AAAUGACUAAUCUUAUUUAUCAGAGGAAUAAUGGAGGUGAUCAUGAUAAUAUAUGGACUGUUAUUCCCACGUGAACCCACUGUUUAUAUUAGCAUUAGCUUUUGUACUAACGCUAGCUAACCGUGCAACCUUGUGACGUACAAUUCGAGAGUCUGGUUCACUCACGGUUUGAAUCCUGCUGCGAGAUGUUGACAUGUAAACAGAAGUUAACUCAUUAUUUUACACAGUGAAAACCUUCAGUGUGCAUCACCAGUAGGACUUAAGUAGAUUCCCAGUUUGUUUUCGCUGAAGCAUGUUGGUGGUUUUCAUCGGCGGAUCCACUUCCCGUGUCUGUUGUGAAACCGACCAGCCGCCAUGCAGACCAAAGAGGAGACUGUCGCCGUCUUGAAGUCGUUCGACAUCGGGGACAAGUUCUCAGACCUGCCAGUGCUGCCCAGAGCCUCCGUGCUGAUCCCCUUGUUCGUGAGGGACGGAGAGCUGCACACCCUGAUGACCCUGCGCUCAGCGGAGCUGAGGACCAGCGCCGGGCAGGUGUGUUUCCCCGGUGGGAAGAAAGACCCGGAGGACAGAGACGAUGUGGACACGGCCCUGAGGGAAGCUGAGGAGGAGAUCGGUCUGACAGCUGAUGGGGUUGAGGUGGUCUGCAGACUGUUCCCAGUCAUGCAUAAGAGCGGUCUCCUGGUGACUCCGGUGGUUGGAUUCAUAGAGGAGUCCUUUUGUCCCCGUCCAAAUCCAGCUGAGGUCAGCGCCGUGUUCACCGUCCCUCUGGACUUCUUCAUCAGCGAGAAGGGACACAGUGCCGCCCACGGUGCUGCUGGGACGCCGGGGUCAUUGCACUCAUUUUAUUUUGUGGACACUGAUUCAGGCAGCCAGUAUCACAUAUGGGGCAUGACAGCCAUGCUGGCCAUACUGGUGGCUGCACUCGCUCUCGGGAAGAAACCGGAGUUUGACGUUGCUUUUGACUUUGAGGAUCCUUUAUCCUUCUUCCAACAGGUUUUACAGAGAAGAAUUAAUAAAUUAUGACAGUUCAUGUAAUGGAUUUGUGCCAGCUCAUAAUGCCUAAAUCCAUAUUUGUUAUUAAAUUUCAUUGUAAUAAUUUGCUGCUUUAAUUAUAGGUGUAAAUGUGUAUAUGGAAACAUAAAUUAAAUAUUUGUAUAAAAGAUGAAAAUCAA